AUGGCACCCACCGGCCUCAUGUUCAUGCCUCAAAGCGGCCUGCUCACCCCUAAAGAGAAAAACAAACUGAGGAAACCGGCGGUGGAGAAAAUGCGCCGUGACCGCAUGAACAGCAGCAUCGAACAGCUGAAACUCCUGCUGGAGAAGGAGUUCCAGAGGCACCAGCCGAAUUCCAAGCUGGAGAAAGCCGACAUCCUUGAGAUGACGGUGGACUACCUGAAAGAGCAAAGCUGGCUGCAUUGGAAAGGACCUGCUCCUAAAGAUGCUCAGCAUGACUUUAAAGAGGGAUACUCACGGUGUCUCCAAGAGGCCUUCCGGUUCAUGUCUCUCCACAAAGUCCAGGCUGAAACCCAAGCCAAGCUCAUGAGCCAUUUCCAAAGGAACCAACCGUCCACCCGUGAAGCUGUCAGCUCGCAUCCUGCCUCGAAGCACUCAUCCUGCAAGGGUGCCCACACACUCUGGAGACCCUGGUAG